GAUCUGGAAAAAUAGAUGGACGGCAUGGAUGAAACACAUACAUCAUGGUGGUACUCACAGAGCACCAACCACCAGCCAUUGGCGGGUGGCAGGGGAGUAACCAAUCCGUUCCCCCUUCAGGAGAGUUCCUCCUGGCCAUUAAAUUCGCAUCUCCCACUCUUCCUCCAUCUCUCUCACCCCGCGUCUGUUCAACAAAAUCCCCCAAAGAGGAGAAAAAACCCCAAACAAUCUGCAGCUUCGAAGAAAAUGACAACAGACCAGUCGCGGCCUUCAACCUCCUCGUCUUCAGCCACGGCGGAGAAGGCGUUCUCGUUCCUCUCGCGCGGCUGGCGCGAGGUGAAGCACUCUGCCGACGCCGACCUGCAGCUGAUGAGGGCCCGUGCCAGCUCCUUCAAGAACCUCGCCACCUCCUUCGAUCGAGAGCUCGAGAACUUCCUCCACUCCGCCUCCUCCUUCUCUUCCGUCGUCCCGACCCUCUCGUCUUCGCCUCCCCCCGACCUCGAAUUCGUUAAGCGUCUCCAGCCCAAGCUAUCUGAAUUCCGUCGCGCCUACUCCUCCCCCGACUUCAGCCACAAGGUCCUCCAGAAGUGGGCCCCUCGCUCGUCGUCCAUCCGGAUCAACCUCUCUGCCAUUAAGAACGCCAUCGUCUCCGAGGUCGAGGAAACUGCCGGGAUCAUCGACUACAAUCGGGACAGGGCCCGCCGUGGGUGGAAGGUCAGGGUUAAGGAGUUCCCAUGGGACUGGAAUGGGGGAGACGAUGAGGAGAGUCAUAAGGAAUGGGAGCCAAUUCGUGUGUUGAAGACGAGGCUCAGGGAAUUCGAGCGUAGGAGUUCCUCUUCAGAGAUUUUCGGGAAUUUCAAGAAUAACGAGUUCGUGGAGAAAGUUAAGGCCAGCUUGAAGUCAAUUCGCAAGGAGCCUCAAGAAUCAAAGGAUGUACCACCAUUGGAUGUGACAGAACUUUUAGCGUAUUUAGUGAAGCAAUCUGGGCCCUUGUUUGAUCAGCUUGGCUUGAGACGAGAUAUAUGUGACAAGAUAGUGGAGGCCUUGUACAGCAAACGGAAGGACCAGCUUAUAUGGCGUUCCUUAUCAUCGAGGGAGAACUCCAUUAUCGAAAAUGAGAACAUUCAUGAUGAACUCGACUUCAGGAUAGCCAGUGUGCUCCAAAGUACAGGACAUUGCUAUGAAGGGGGCUUUUGGAGUGAUUCUAUGAAGCAUGACUUUGCCGGCAAGAAACGCCAUGUCGCUAUAGUCACGACCGCCAGCCUUCCCUGGAUGACUGGAACUGCGGUAAACCCGCUAUUUAGAGCAGCAUAUUUGGCCAAAUCUGCCAAGCAAAAAGUAACCCUGUUGGUUCCAUGGCUGUGCAAGUCAGACCAGCAAUUAGUCUAUCCAAACAAUCUGACUUUCAGCUCUCCAGAAGAGCAGGAAACUUACAUACGUGACUGGCUGGAGGAAAGGGUUGGCUUCAAGGCAGAUUUCAAAAUUUCUUUCUAUCCGGGAAAGUUCUCAAGAGAGAGGCGAAGCAUAAUACCUGCUGGAGACACCUCACAGUUUAUUUCUUCGAAGGAAGCUGACAUUGCCAUACUGGAAGAACCGGAACACUUGAACUGGUACCAUCAUGGAAAGCGUUGGACUGAUAAAUUCAAUCAUGUCGUUGGCGUCGUCCACACAAAUUACUUGGAGUAUAUCAAGCGGGAGAGGAAUGGAGCUCUCCAAGCUUUCUUUGUCAAACACAUAAACAAUUGGGUCACCAGAGCAUACUGUCACAAGGUUCUGCGUCUAUCUGCAGCGACCCAAGAUCUGCCCAAAUCUGUCAUAUGCAACGUUCAUGGUGUCAAUCCCAAGUUUCUGAAGGUUGGAGAGAGAGUGGCAGCUGAGAGGGAGCUUGGGCAGCAGGUCUUCUCUAAGGGUGCAUAUUUUCUAGGCAAGAUGGUGUGGGCGAAAGGGUAUAGAGAGCUGAUUGAUUUAUUGGCCAGGCACAAGAAUGAUCUUGAUGGCUUCAAGUUGGAUGUAUAUGGGAACGGAGAGGAUUCAUCUGAAGUUCAAUCCACUGCCAAUAAGCUACAGCUGAAUCUCAACUUCCUCAAAGGGAGGGACCACGCCGACAAUUCUCUUCACGGUUACAAAGUCUUCAUAAAUCCAAGUGUCAGCGACGUCCUCUGCACGGCGACGGCCGAGGCUCUUGCCAUGGGGAAAUUUGUUAUAUGUGCGGACCACCCAUCAAAUGAGUUCUUCAGGGCAUUCCCCAACUGCUUGACUUACAAGACUUCGGAGGACUUUGUUGCUCGAGUCAAAGAGGCGCUGGCUAACGAGCCCCAGCCCCUUACUCCUGAGCAGAGGUAUAAUCUCUCUUGGGAGGCAGCAACACAGAGGUUUAUGGAGAGCUCUGACCUAGACCGGAUCUUGAAUAGCUUCAGUGGCUCUGCUGAGUCGAGCAAUGCUGAGAAGAAGAUUACAAAGACGGCUUCGAUGCCUAGCAUGACGGAAGUGGUAGAUGGGGGAUUGGCAUUCGCACACCACUGUCUGACGGGGAAUGAGAUCCUGCGGCUGGCAACGGGAGCAAUACCCGGCACACGGGACUAUGACAAGCAGCACUGCAAAGACUUGCAUCUCUUGCCUCCGCAGGUGCAAAAUCCUGUCUAUGGCUGGUAAGCAAAGCAAAUCAGUCCGCCACUUGUAUCAAUAGCCUUUUGUGUAUAGUACAUGUAGUGAAUUUAGGAGCCUGACGUGCUCUGAUUGCUUAGGGUUUCUAAUGCUUUGUGUGUUUAGUCACAGUGAUGAUUCUUUUCCCGUCUCCAUCUUUGCCGAUGCAUGUCUCCUAUGAUCAUCUGGCAGUCAAACUGCGUGAUGAUGCGAUAAAAAAGAAAAAGUUUGCUGCCAUGGAA